AGGCCUCGACUACUAUUUUCAUCUCUGCCUGCCGAUCUCACUACGGCUGGCCUGACCGAAAUACUCUCCAACCCGCCCACCGGGAUCUCGCCUCCAACUUCUCUUAACCACACCACACCUCGUCCGACAGAUGUGAAAGUUCUACUCAGCCAACUCGGUCGGUCUCGGAGGAUGGCAUUUGUUGGAUACAAGUCCCAGGAGCAGGCCGCUUGGAUCAAGGAUGUUUGGGAGGGAGUGUGGGUUGAUGGUCGCUCGGGCAGGGGGACUGGCAGCCGGAUCUCAGUCGAAUGGGCAAAGGGAAUAGAGGAGUGCGGAAAGACUCGCGGAGUGCCUCAGAAUACCACUUCAACAAACUCUCCACCAAAAAAGAAAACUAAACUCGAGCCGCCAGAAAAACCGCAAGAUUCACAGUUUGCGGAAUUCAUGUCACUCUCUAAUCCACGAAAAAAUAAGUCACUAGUUCACGAAAUCAUGGAAUUGGCUGUACCUACUCCUCAGCAGCCAGAACCUCAAUCCAACAAAGCUACUGUUCCUCACCUUCAAUCAGAAAUCACCACUACGGAGGAGCCAAAUUUACCACCUAUUGAAUCAUCCAGCCGAUCCUCAUCACCCCCACCGGUCAUAGGCGACGAUGAAGAUAUUACUGAUAAAGAAUACCUUGCACGUCGAAUGAAACGGAAACUCACUGAUACUGUCGAGCUUCAACCUGAACUUGAGAAGACUUCACCGGAAUCUAAGGAGUGGGAACAAGAUGUUGGCGAAAAUGGCGAUAAGAACGAGCCUUCAGUUGAUCAACAAGCUAAUAUUCCCGAUGACCUUUCUAGCAAGCCACCCGAACCCGUCGUGCCUAGCGACGAGGCAACCAUACUGGAAAGCGGUCGAUUGUUCUUGCGUAACUUGGCUUUCUCUGUGACGGAAGAAGAGAUUCGAGCGAUAUUUGAACCCUUUGGUAACGUUGCCCAAGUACACAUUCUCCUUGAUAAUGAGCGCAAACCCAAAGGCCUAGGCUACGUGAGCUAUAGUCGAUCAUCAGAUGCCUUGGAAGCCUACCGGAAAUUGGACCAGAGUGAUUUUCAAGGUCGACUACUCCACAUCCUACCAGCAGUAACCAGAAACCCGCGUGGUGAAUCAUCAACUUCUGCUUCGAAAGCACACAACACCGUCAAAAUGGAACAAGAUGCAAAACGCAAACUCGAAAGCAGCAAACAGUUUAACUGGGCUACCUUGUACAUGAAUUCGGAUGCUGUAGCAUCUUCGGUAGCCGAUCGCCUCAAGAUAUCAAAGGCUGAGCUGUUUAAUCCGGACGCACAAAAUCCGGCUGUCAAGCUAGCGCUAGCGGAGACACAUGUGAUCAACGAGACCAAACAGUUUCUCGAAGACAACGGGAUCGACGUCGAAGCGUUCGAAAAGUUAAAGUCAGCUCGAUCCCCAACCACGAUUUUGGUCAAGAACAUUCCCUACAACACUUCGACCAAUGUGAUCAAAGCGCUAUUCUCAGAGCAUGGGUCUGUUCUGAAAGUCUUGAUGCCUCCAUCCGGCACGAUUGCAGUGGUUGAGAUGGGCGACAAGCAAGAUACCAAAAGCGCUUUUCGAUCCUUGUCCUACAAGCGGAUUGGGAAUUCGGUACUCUACUUGGAAAAGGCGCCUCUGGAUCUUUGGAAGAUAGACCCAGCCAAACCAGAAGUCGCAACUCCUCAAGAGAUUAGUCAGGCUAAACCAUCAUCAAAGGAAGAAAAGGAGAGCGGAGAGCCAGGCUCGACCCUGUUUGUGAAAAAUCUAUCGUUUGGUACUACUUCCGACGCCUUGGCCUCCCGAUUCUCCAACCUUACUGGUUACCUGUUUUCAAGAAUACAGACUAAGCCGGAUCCCAAGAAUGCUGAGCAUCGCUUGAGUAUGGGAUUCGGUUUUGUCGGGUUCCGGACGGUCGAUUCAGCCCAGCAAGCUCUCCAAAGAAUGCAAGGUUGUUAUUUAGAUGGACAUACCCUGGAGCUUAAGUUCGCGAAACGAGGGAGAGAAGAAGAAGAGAAAGAAGAGAAAGCUCUGGAUGGAGAGAAGGGCAAGAAGACGGCGACGAAUAAAUUGUUAAUCAAGAACUUACCAUUCGAGAUCAACAAGAAAGAGUUGUACGAGUUAUUUGGAGUCUAUGGCAAACUGAAAUCGAUCCGUUUACCUAAGAAGCUCGACCGAAAAUCGAGGGGAUUUGGAUUUGUGGAAUACCAUACCAAGAAGGAGGCGCAAGAGGCCCUCAAAAGCUUGAAGUUCUCACAUCUGCUUGGCCGUCAUUUGGUGAUCGAAUACGCUAAUGAUGCCGAUUCGACACUUGAUUUGGACCAUCUUAGGAACUCUCAAUCCUCAUUCUUGAAACUUCCAAACCCUCAUCAAAAGAAGAAGUUCGUCGGUCUGAACAACUUGGAUGAUGAUGAUGAUGAUCCGGUGGAAUUGGAUGAUUGAUGGUCUCUUCAACCCUUACUCACUUUUAUCUCAUUCCAUUGCACUUUAAGAAAAAAAAUCCACGUAUAAUUCCCUCCCUUACUCGAUUUGUUGUUAAUGUUUUUUUUUUCUUCAGUUUUGUUGCUUAUGAUCUAUUGGGCUUGUCUCACCUUGACGAAAAAUUGGAUUCCUAUUUA